AUGGCUGAAGAAGAUGUUCAAGGUUUGGUAAUCGAUAAUGGCUCCGGCAUGUGCAAAGCUGGAUUCGCCGGCGAUGAUGCUCCCCGUGCAGUUUUCCCGUCCAUCGUUGGACGUCCACGCCAUCAAGGUAUUAUGGUUGGCAUGGGUCAGAAGGAUUCGUAUGUUGGGGAUGAAGCUCAAAGUAAGAGAGGAAUCUUAACAUUGAAGUAUCCUAUCGAGCACGGAAUCGUAACCAAUUGGGAUGACAUGGAGAAGAUCUGGCAUCACACAUUUUAUAACGAAUUGCGCGUUGCACCCGAAGAACAUCCUGUGCUAUUAACUGAAGCUCCACUCAAUCCCAAAGCAAAUCGAGAAAAAAUGACUCAGAUCAUGUUUGAAACAUUCAACACCCCAGCUAUGUAUAUCAACCUCCAAGCUGUGUUGUCCUUAUACGCUUCUGGACGUACUACAGGUAUCGUUAUGGAUUCAGGCGACGGUGUCAGUCACACUGUACCCAUCUACGAAGGUUAUUCUUUACCCCAUGCUAUUAUGCGUUUGGAUUUGGCUGGUCGUGAUUUAACUGAUUACAUGAUGAAGAUUUUGACUGAACGUGGCUAUACAUUCACUACGACCGCUGAACGUGAAAUUGUUCGUGAUAUGAAAGAGAAAUUAGCGUACGUAGCCUUAGAUUUUGAACAGGAGAUGCAAACUGCUUCUAAUAGCUCGAGUUUAGAGAAAAGUUAUGAGUUGCCCGAUGGUCAAGUGGUCACAAUCGGUAAUGAAAGAUUCCGCUGUCCAGAAGCACUUUUCUCUCCUGCUUUCUUAGGCAUGGAAUCUGCUGGAAUCCAUGAAACUAUUUAUAGUUCUAUUAUGAAAUGCGAUGUAGAUAUUCGUAAAGAUCUAUAUGGUAACAUUGUAUUAUCGGGUGGUACUACAAUGUUUCCUGGUAUCGCCGAUCGAAUGCAAAAGGAAAUUACAGCAUUAGCGCCUCCCACUAUGAAAAUUAAGAUUGCUGCUCCGCCUGAGAGGAAGUACUCAGUCUGGAUUGGCGGAUCUAUCGUAGCUAGUUUAUCUACCUUCCAACAGAUGUGGAUCUCUAGACAAGAAUAUGAUGAAUCUGGCCCAUCGAUUGUUCACCGUAAAUGUUUCUAA